AUGGCGAGCACGGUAGCAAGGGCGCGUAAGCCCGUCGGCUCGAAGGAAUGGAUUGCCGAAGAAAAGGAGAACUGCAUGCAAUUAGUACAACAGGAAUUGGACGAGGUCGAGUUCCCGGUUCGCCAUGAGAUGGACUGGCUCAACGAGCAUAUGGCGGAGAUAUUCGCCCGUGACCAGUUCAGCGUUACCGAACUCUUUAAAACUCCUGGUAAAAUGCGCGGCAAGACUCCCAGGACAGCACGAAAGAUUCUCAAGACACCACGGGAAGCGCGAGUACCUUUGAGCGACAUAUUUUCAUCCGGACACAAUGCUAGACACAGCUCUGGGCCGACUAACCGAUUUACGAACGAGAUCGCAAAACUUAUUACUAGCGCUGAAAAGACCCGGUCGCCUCUUCCUAGCACACAGAACUCAAAUCCGAAUUACAACACUGACUCUGGCUACCAUGGAAUGCCGGAUUCCCUCCCGACAGACACCAACGAACUGGACCAUCAAACGGAGGUUGAGACUGCUACGCAGGUCAUUGAUGGCUCAACAAUUCUACCCGGUGAGGGCGCUGCUAUAAGCCCUCUCAACCCCCGUCGUAUUACCGAAGACUCGUUCCAUUCCGCGAGAGAAGUUGCACCAAGCAAGGAAAAUACAGUGGAGCCAAUGGAUUUUGAAUAUUCCCGCUAUAUCCCAAAGAAUACAGCUUUGCCUAAGCAACAGCCUCUUAGGAACUCUCCUCGCCUAGAAAGGCAGAACAACAACCAGAGUCGGUCUCAGCACUCGGCCGCUUCUCACCAACCGGAAGUUAAGGAGGACUUGGGCGACCCCAGUUUCGAUGACAUAGGCUCGCCUUCGGAUGGUCCGACCCCGGUUCGAGCACCAAUUCGAAAAAGUAGCCUUUCAUUUGCUUCCUUGCCAGCAAGAGAACCACUCACUACAAAACGAAGCAUGGGGGGACGAAUGUCGAGGACCAGUCAUAUUGAUCCGCCUAAGAUGAGCAUGAGCAUAGUUGGCCAACCCGGCUACUUUGGAAGGCAGACUGGAGGGAAUCGAUUGACGCAAAUGCUCUUAGACAACGAGAAAAAUAAGCCUCUGGAAACCACUGACAAGACCGGAACCGAUGAUUCCGCUGAAAAUGACAAUGAUUCUGACGCAGAAAAUAAAGCUCCAAAACGAUUGAACAAGUCAUCAACACAGCUUUUACACGAGAAAAUCAAUAUGCUAGGGAAAUCUCAAGUUCCCCGUACCACCAAAUCUAUUGCUCCUGCUCCAUCCCUGGGUGCACAGCAGAUCAGCUACCCCGACCUUCCACCACCUACUACUGCUCCUUCAAACGAUAUCCAGGAUACCACUUCUAUUCCUGGAACUUCGCCCACUCCAGAAAUAACAGGCGCUCGUGGCUCUCCUCAGCGAUUACCACCAACUCCUAAUCACUUUACUUUCCCCGCUGAUAAGUUUAAUCCAGAAUCGCAUAUUUACAGGGACACUCCCAGCCCUAUUUCAAGAGCACCAUCAGCUCAUCCAGUUUCCCCUGAAAGACGCUCACCAGGCCCAAAACCAUUCCGGCCUGCGGGAUUUUUCCAUAGUAAAUCUUCAUCUGUGCCUUCAUUCCCUAUCUCUCCACGACCUGGAACCGCUGGCUCUACCCAAAAGGCACCAUCCGUUGUUGACACCCCUGGUGAGUCCACUACGCCGGCUGGUUCUCCUAAACGCUUCGACGGCCCAUUGAGUGCAUCCAAAUCAAAGCUUCAAUCUUUAAUGAAAAGUGCUCGAGGUCUGUUUGGUAGCAGUGCGAGCGUCUCCGCUACUGCCAAGUUGGAGACUCUUUCACCUACUUCACAGCGCACUCAGGCCAGCGUCCAUUCCAACACAAAUUGUGUCGCUCCACAAAACCAACCUCAGACAACAGCUAUUCUUCCCCCAAGUCCACCUAGGGCGCCUCGAACUCGUGGCUCAAUUGAGAGGGAACAUAGACGAAAAGAGCAAGAAUUAAGAGAUCGCCAACAGAUGAAUGAGCAACUUGAGCGCUUUCGGGAACACGAGAGGCAGGAAGCAGAGCCCCCCAAGCCCAUAAAUAAUCUCUCCAAGCCUCAGGUCCUGGAUAAAGUAGAGAUACCACAGCAUUCCUCGGAAAACGUCCCUACUCGAAGGAUAGAGCCAGUGUCCAAGGUACCUGCACGUCGUGAGCCUGAGCCUAGCCCAGAAGAAGAACAGAGACCAAGCACUAUUGCUGUAUCACAAUCCCAGUCGCUGCAUAACGAAGGUCGUAGACCUGCAAAAGCCAUCAGGGAAGUGCGGAAGCCAAAACCACAGCCUGUCAGUAUCCGUGUCGGAACUCUGUCUUCGCAGCGAAUAAGAGCAGAAUCAGCAACUCCAGCACCCACUUCAGCCCGUGAACCGGCACCCCGGCAAACUUCUGUCUCCAAAAAGGCGAGCAAUGCGUCUCUUCUCACCACCGCAUCCUCGAGUGGUAGUCUGAAGAGCUCCGCAUCUUCUGCCUCAUCAAAAUCCAGAGCUCUGCUAGCCGUGGAAAGAAAGAAGGAACAGGAACAGCGAGAAGCACAGCGCAAACUAGAUCAGCGCCGUGAAGCGGAUCGCAAGAGACUUGUUCAACAAGAGGAGGCAAGCCGACAGCAACUGCAAGAGAAAUCUCGACUUGAGCGCCAGGAGCGGGAGCAAUCCGUUACUGAUGACCCAAAGACGCUUGCAAAGAAACAGGCGAUUGAAAAGAGGCGACUCGAGAAUGCCAAAAGAUUGGAGCAGCAGCGUGGUCGACAACAAACCCCAUCGAAUGAUACCAGCUCCGUCAUACAUAGCGAACGUUCCAUUCUCAGUGAGUCUCAGGGGCCAGCACGACCCGGUUCAAGGCUAGGCAGUGUUCAACCUCCCAGCAGGCCACAUAAUUACCCGCCACCAAACCCAGCAAAACCUCCCAAGCGCGUGCACGAGGAGCAAAACACUGUUCGACCUCCUGCUACAAAAGCAGGUAGUGUUCAUCAGUCUGAUGGCAAGCGAAGAAAAACCGAAGAAGACAUAGUUGUGCCCGAACCCCCAGCCGUUCGACCAGCCAUGGCUCCUCCGAUUCGCCAGUCCAAUGCGUCGAAACUUAACAACUUCCCUAGUGGCUCCAAGUACCCAACCGCUCCUCCGGUGAACUCAAUGCAGGGCUGUCCACCGAUAUUCAAGAACUCCGUUGGUGCACAAAAAUCGUUUCAAGCACUUCCUCAUCAAUCCCAGGGUAACCGACCGGCACAUCCCUUGGAGAUGGCAAAAUACGCCAAUGGAAAGAUUCCCUUUGCUGAGCCUAAUAACGUGCCACCCCAAUCAAACUCCACUCAUCUCAAAACACCAGGUCAUAGCCACAAACAUGGUAUACUCAAAUCUUCUCCAGCCUAUCCAAAUGGCGAAAACAUCAAACUUCCAGACAUUCCAACCGACAGUGAAGACGAAGACUCUGAUGCUGAGCCAUGUCAUGUCCCAGACUGGGCCAAGGAAGAGAACCUCCAUAACAUUCUGGUCCAGCAAGAAGGCCAGGAUGGAGAAAUGGUCUUCGGUCCAUCUGCUCCUCUACGUAUGGAGGAAAUUUUCAAAGGCAAUAAGGAGAGAUUACGCAAGUUUCGUGACCGUACUAGUAGUGCUAACUGGAAUGGCCCAGAUGGAUUGACACAAGAUGAGAUCAAGUGGGACAUGGCAGAAAGAGAGAAACUGAAGAACAACGGUGGUUGGGUGUUUAGCCCUCACUGA